AUGAACAAUAAAAAUCUUGAACAACUUUUAAAUAUUAGUAAAUUUCUUUCUACAAUUCCACCUUCUAAUAUUCAUUCUGUUCAAGCUUAUGUUUUAACUAUUAAUACAUCUGAUAUCUUUUCUACUACUUUUGAUACUUCUCAUGAAACUCUUUCUCCAUUAGUCAAUAUUGAUAAUACUGCUAAAAAAAUCCAUCAUUUGCAAUAUCCAUACUUAACUUCUGCACUUGUAUUUUCUAAUGGAGAUUAUUUAUUAAAUUUUAUAUUUCUAAUUUUUAAUGCAAACCAAAUGUUAACAUUACAAUUUAGACUAGCUAUGAUUGUAGAAUUGAUGAAAUUUUCAGAUUUUUAUCUUGAUCAAAAAUUUUUUGAAGAAGAUUAUUCUUUUUCUGAUAUAACUUUAAAUUUAGCCAAAAAUUCAGAUAUGCCGAUCACAUAUAAUAAAAAAAGAGAAUGUUUAAACUAUAUUGAUUUUGCUCAAUUGUUGGAAUAUAUAGUUUGGCAUUAUAAAAGGUGGAAUAUUAAUGAUCCUUUAUCGCAAAUAGAUUAUUUUAUUCCAGUUUUCAAAAGAGAUUCACCACUUUUAUCUAAUCCAAAUGUUGAUAUUGAAAUACUUAAUCAAUCUAGUGAAAAUGAAAAUAUACUUUUUAAUACUCUUAAAUCAAAAAAGUAUAUAAACGAUGAUUCUGAUAUAAUGGAAUUUAACUUAAAUAUUAAUAAUAAUGAUUGUGAAUUAUCAUCUUUAUCAUCAUAUACUACUGAUAAUGAAAUAAAUAUUAAAAAAAUUUAA